AUGCUGGGAGCCGUCUGUCUCGUCGUGCUGCUGGGCUACGCCUACGGAUGCGGUCAGCCGGCCGUGCCACCACAGCUGAGCUCCCGCGUGGUGGGCGGUGAAGACGCUGUAGCCCACAGCUGGCCAUGGCAGAUCUCGCUGCAGUACAGCCACUCUGGGUCCUGGUACCACACCUGUGGCGGGACCCUGAUUGCCCCCCAGUGGGUGCUGACAGCUGCCCACUGCAUCAGCUCUUACAUGACCUACCGUGUGGUGCUGGGCAAGCAGGACCUGUCAGAGGCUGACGAGCCUGGUUCAGUGGCUGUGGGUGUGGAGAAGACGAUUGUCCACAAGAAAUGGAACUCUGUCCUUGUCAUCAACGACAUUGCCCUGAUCAAGCUGGCAGAGGAGGUGCAGGAGACUGACACCGUCCGUGCCGCCUGCCUGCCGGCUGCUGGCAACAUCCUGUCCAACGACUAUCCCUGCUGUGUCACCGGCUGGGGACAUGUCAGGACCAGUGGGCCCCUGGCUGAUGCCCUGCAGCAGGCUCUGCUGCCCGUGGUGGACUAUGAGAGCUGCUCCAAGUGGGACUGGUGGGGUAGCCUCGUGUGCGACACCGUGGUGUGCGCCGGCGGCGACAGCGUCGUCUCUGGAUGCAACGGCGAUUCUGGGGGCCCCCUGAACUGCCAGCGCGACGAUGGGAUCUGGGAGGUUGAGGGCAUCAUCAGCUUUGGCUCCACAUCCACAAGAGUGUGGAAAUACUCAGUGACUGCAAAAGCAGAUUCCCAGGUUCCCACAGACCUACCCUAA